AUGGACUCUUUCCUGAAGGUUUCGCGCCUUCUGGGGUUUCAAUACCUCCUAAUAAUCCUUGCUAUUCUCACCCGGGGCGGUGUAGAUGGCCACUCUUGGGUCGACGAACUAACUUGUGCAAGCGGUCCGUUCUUUACAAGCCGUCCGUUACCUCCAGGCAUUCCUACAGAAGGAUACAUUCGAGACUAUGUCGGCCGUCAAUCUACCCAAAUCGACCAGCUUACAACUUUCCGUAUCCUAGAUUUAUCAUCUAACCAACCUGUCUGCCCUCCUGGUCGUACCUCUACUGGUUACAGCAAGAAGUUCCCAAAGCUCAGAGCCACCCCAGGAGAUCUCAUCAAAGCAUCCUACCUUGAAAACGGUCACAUCUGGCAAACUCUCGCUGGUAUCAACGGUCCUGAUGCCAAACCCGGCACGAUCUACUGGUAUGGGACUCAAACUCCCAAAUCGGACCGUGACAUCGCCAGUGUUCUCGAGUGGACUCCGGAUGGCAAAGGUGGUGAUGGCGAAGGGUUUCUAUUGGCGGCUACACCUUUCGAUGACCUUGUUUGCAUUGAAACCGGUCACGAAGAUGCAGAAGAAGGACGUGUAGGCGGACCUUGUAGCAGCUACUUUCGACUUCCUGAAACUGCUGAGGAAGGCAAGGAUUUCACUGUUUACUGGCUUUGGGAUUACACUGAGCACUUCGGACCACCAAAGCCUGGUUUCAUUGAGUGGUACUCAUCUUGCUUGGACAUCGCCGUCAUCUCCAAAGAAGACGCCCUCAAGGAAAUCGAGGAAGCCCGUCGUAAUGCCCAACCCCUUCCUACAGACUCCACUCCAACAAAGGCUCUCAACCGUCACCUCCGUCGCCAACAACUCUACAACGAACGACGAAAGCAAGCUGGCGAGAAGAAGUCAUCGUGGUUCUCCUGGUGA